UGUAAUUGUGUCAACACCUACAGCAUGAUCUCACAUGUGGGCCGGUCUAUAGAAACAUAGAAGAACACAGUCAGAGGAACUCCACACUGAAACAGGUGCAUCACACGUGAAAUAUUCCUCACAAAUCAGUCAGAGAAAGAGUCAGAAAGAAGGACUUUAAAGAAGAGGCCGAUUUGAGGUCAGUUGUACAGUUAUGAAUGCGUCUGAUUACACAUAUGAUGGUACGGGGACUACGGGGACUACGGGGACUACGGGGACUACUGAUGAUUAUGAUGAUCCACAACCUUGUAACCUGGCACAGUUCAACGAACAGCAAGUGACCAUCCCAGCAUUCAUCUAUUCUCUAAUUUGCACACUCGGCCUGCUGGGCAACGUUCUGGUCCUCCUAACGUACUCCUUCUACAAGAAAGCGAAAACCAUGACCGAUAUCUAUCUGGUUAACGUGUCACUGGCGGAUCUGCUCUUCGUCAUCGCCCUUCCACUGAUCAUCUACAACGAACAGCACGACUGGAGCAUGGGCACGUGGGCAUGUAAGUUUCUGAGAGCAGCCUACAGCAUCAACGUGUACAGCAGCACGCUCCUGUUGGCCUGCAUCAGCGGCGACCGCUACAUCGCCAUCGUGCAAGCCAGACGAUCGGUUCGAAUUCGAUCGCAAGCUCAGGUCUACAGCCGUCUCAUCUGCUCGGUCAUAUGGCUUCUCGCUCUCAUCUUGUCUCUGCCUACGCUUAUAUAUUACCAGGAGGAAAACAAGGAAUGCAUCCUUAACUUUGAUGAGCACAACCUUGCCAGACUCAUGAAGAUCCUGAUUCCGAGCAUGCAGAUGGUCCUCGGGUUCUUGGUGCCGCUGAUGAUCAUGAUAUUCUGCUACUCGUGCACCAUGGUGACUUUACUCAAAGCUCAAAACUUCCAGAAGCAUAAAGCCAUCCGCGUGGUCCUGGCCGUGGUCUUUGUGUUCGUCCUUUGCCAUCUGCCUUACAACGUGGCGCUUCUCGUCCACACCAGUAAACGGUUCAGUGAGAGACUCUGCGAGGAUGAACAGGCGACUCUGAUGACUUUGUCCAUCAGCAGGAGUGUGGCCUACCUUCACUGUUGCUUGAAUCCCAUUCUGUACGCCUUCAUCGGGGUUAAAUUCAGGAGCCACUUUUUUCAGAUCUUCCGAGACUUGCGGUGCCUGGGGAAACGGUACAUUUCGAGACGCUCCUCUCAGCAGACCUCUGAGCUGUACAUAUCAGCGAACAAAACCGUUGUUGGACAGAACCACGAGAACCCAUCUUCAUUUACAAUGUGACAGAACUUUUGAGUGUUUGUGCUCAAGGAAGAAGUGAGAUGUGGGUUGUUUGUUUGGUGCUUGGUUUGUGUUUUAGUUUCAUGGAUUGGCAAAAUGAAAGUGAAACUUUUGGUAAAAAUGUUUGGCUUCAGGAAAAAGGUUCCAUUCAUGCAUUAACUGACAACGAGCAAUACAUUUAUUACAGCAUUUAUGUAUUACAUGCCAUCUCAGGUACAUUAAAUAUUCAUAUAUUAAAUUUAGCAAAGCAUUAGUUGGCCAAAAAAAUACAAAUUAUAUUCAUUGUUACUUCAUGUUAACGAAAGUUAAUAAAUGGAACUUUAUUGUAGUUUUACCUCUAGUUUUGAAAGUACUGAUAUGGUGUAUAUGGUAAAUAAUUUAGUUUUCUAAAUGUUGUCCUAUUCAAAUGCUUUUUCAUUACAACCCAUACCUGAUUUGCAAGACAAAUGCAUAUCAGGAAAUACAUAUCAGUCUAGUCAACAAUAUGGUAUUAAACUAUGAGUGUUAAGGUAAAACAUGCAUUUAUCUUGUAAAAGGCUCAGUAUAAUGCAUUAUAGAAAUAUGAAAAACAUUAAAAUUAGAUUACAAGCUAAUAAAAUAAAAUUUGGUGGAAGAGCACUGCAUUGCAGCAAGCCACAGGUAUAUGUGUGCGUUUACUAUUGUAAAAAUUUUGUAAAGGAUAGGUGUAGAGCAAUAGACUAUACAGUCUGUACACUAUAAAAACCAUUACGCCUAUGGAAGGUCCCCAUUUAUACAGCUAAGUAAAUGUGUGCGUGUGUGUGUGUGUAUGAACUGUAAACUAUAAUAAACUGUUUCAAGGGUCAAAACUUUGGAAAAUUUUG